UAGGUGCUCUCUGUUAUGACCUCAAAUUCAGUCAUACACAAAUACAGUACAUGUCUUCGCCUUCUGGAAGGCUUGAGUUCCAGCGUAAGCAUGAGAGAAGUGAAGCAAAUCCAUGCCCAUGCCAUCACCCACGAUCUUGCUCGUUUCGCCUUCGUUUCAAGCAAAAUCUUAGCCUUCUGCGCUCUCUCGCAACGCGGCGAUUUGCGCUACGCCCAAACCCUUUUCACUCGUAUGCCCCUCCUCACCCUCUUCGACUUCAACUCCAUGAUAAUAGCUUUCUCCAAACACUCCCAAUUUCACAAUGCCUCCACUCUUUUUCCCAAAAUGCUAAACGACGCCGUUCGCCCCAACUCCCACACCUUCGCCGUCCUCGCCAAAGCCUGCCUCACUGAAUCUUUCCUCCAACAGCUUCACGCCUUUAUAACCAAGACGGGCCACGUGUCUGACGUUUAUGUCGUGAGUUCUGUCAUUAGAGCGUACUCCAAGCACGGAGCGAUACGAGCUGCUCGUCGCGUGUUCGACGAAAGUUCUAACAGGAACGUGGCGUGUUGGACAAGCCUCGUUACUGGGUACUGCAAUUGCGGUCUGGUCGACGAAGCGAGGGGUUUAUUUGACGCGAUCCCCCAAAGGAAUGACGUAUCGUAUAGCGCAAUGGUAUCUGGGUACGUAAGGAACGGUCGAUUCCGCGAGGGCAUUGAACUAUUCCGUGAGUUGAAGGGUUGUGCGAGCGUGAGGCCCAAUAACUCUCUUUUGGUGAGUGUUCUUAACGCGUGUGCUGCGGUGGGGGCGUUUGAAGAAGGGAAGGGGGUUCACACUUACGUGGAUGAAAACGGGUUAGACUUAGAAUAUGAAGUAGAGCUUGGAACUGCAAUGAUCGAUUUCUACACAAAAUGUGGAUGUGUGGAAGCUGCGGAGCGAGUAUUCGGUAACAUGAAAGUUAAAGACGUUACCGCGUGGAGUGCUAUGAUCAUGGGUUUGGCUAUAAACGGAAAGAAUCACAUGGCCCUUGAGUUGUUUGCGAAGAUGGAGGAGGAGGGGCCCAAACCGAAUGCAGUUGCGUUCAUAGGGGUUCUUAGUGCUUGCAAUCACAAAGACCUGUCGGGUGAAGCACUGAGGAUAUUUAGAUAUAUGAGUGAAAAAUAUGGCAUUGUAGCAUGGAUUGAGCACUAUGGAUGCGUGGUUGAUGUUUUGGCGCGGAGUGGGCAAAUCAAAGAGGCGUUGAGGUUCAUUGAGAGUAUGCCAAUGGAAGCGGAUGGGGCAAUAUGGGGGUCAUUGCUCAAUGGGUGUGUUCUGCAUGGUCAGGUUGAGUUGGGACAGAAGGUUGGGAGAUAUUUGAUAAAAUUUGAGCCUCGACACAGUGGGAGGUAUGUUCUUCUGGCAAACGUGUAUGCCAGUGUGGGCAAGUGGGAAGGCGUUUCCGAGAUGCGGAAAUUGAUGAGAGAGAGGGGUGUGCCUAUCGUUUCUGCUUCCAGUUUUAUAGAAAUUGACCGAACCAUCCACAAGUUUGUUGUUGAUGACAAGUCCUGUUCUUUUUCAGGACAACUCUAUCAACUGUUACACCACCUGGGAAAGAAACUUGAGGAUUAUUCCGUGCCAAAUGAUUUAUUUUAA